AUGGAUGAUCGAGAGUUAGAGGAUCGCUAUGCAGAUAUUACUCUUGAGGAUGAGGAAGUCAGUUUUGAAGUUCAAAAUGCUGAUGUUGACGGAGUUACGGAAGCACCGCCGAAUCUGCAAUGGGCUCUGAAUGUUAUGGCGACUGUGUGGACGCCGGUAAGAGGGGUACGCAUAACUGAAGUGCGGCCAAAUUUGUUUGUGUACCAGUUUUUCCAUGCGAAAGAUAUGCAGCGUGUCAUUGAUGGGGGACCCUGGGCGUUCGAGAAUCACACACUUGUUUGCAAACAGAUCAAACAGGGCGAUCAACCUAAUCUAGUCCAACUUAAUGAGGUGUUGAUAUGGGUGCAGGUCUACGAUCUGCCGUUUGGAUAUGACUUUGAGAAGGUAUUGGAACAGAUUGGCAAUUUUAUGGGGAGGUUUAUUGCGGUUGAUUCGAACAACUUUGGAGGUUCAUGGAAUAGUAGUUACAUUAGGAUCCGGGUUGCUCUGAAAGUUGAAGUUCCGUUGAGGCGUAAGAUGAAACUGAAGCUUAGGGAGGGCACUAGUGUUUGGAUUAUGUUCAAAUAUGAACGGUUACACACUUUUUGUUUCUUCUGUGGGAUGUUGGGUCAUACGGACAAACUCUGUAGCAAGGCGAUGGAUUCUAAUAUUGCUCCGGAACAAUAUCCCUAUGGUGCGUGGCUUAGAGCACCGAUGCGACGUGGAAAUACUAUAGUCCGGUCACCUUGGCUUGUUACUGGUAAUGAGUCAAUUGUUGGUCUGGAAAACAUGGUGGGUAAGGAGGUGGUUACGACGGACGACGUUCAUGAGGAAGACAAUGAGGUGGUGGUGGAUCUCAAACGUCGCCGAAGCGGUGUUGAGCAUGAUGGGUUGGGAGAGACUAGUCUGACACCUAUGGCUCUUGACGGGCCAAAAAACUUGUAUGUGGCGGGUUCUGGAUCCCAGACCCGCCCGUCCCAAUGA